AUGAAGCUCAUAGUCACAGGUGCGACCGGAUUCGUGGGCUCGGAGGUCAUUCGCCAGGCUCUGCGAAAUGCGAGAGUCAGCUCCAUGGUGGCUGUAGCGCGGAAACCGUCCAAGAAGCAAGAUCCUCUUGAGGUGAAGCGCGUGUGCCAAGAAAGUACUAUUGCAGGUUUGAAGGCCAUGCACGAUGCUGGUCCUGCCAAUCCAUUCCGCUUCCUCUACAUGAGUGGUGUAGCCGCAGAACGCGAUCAAAGCAAGACCCCGACCUUUAUGCCCGAGUACACCAAGAUGCGGGGCGAGACCGAAAACCAAGUUCUCGCCUUUGCUGCUAGGCACAAGGAUGAAGGCUUCGAGGCUUCGGUCGCCAAACCGGGUCUAAUCACUGAUGGCUCCUGGUACAAAGCGGCCGUCAGUUUCGCGCUCAAGUACACAAACAUCGUACCAAGUGUUAGCGUCGAGGAAGUCGCGGCCGCGAUGUUACAACAAGUCGUGGAUGGGUUCGAGAAGGAUCCCUUGGAAAACGCAGAUUUGAUCCGGCUUGGGAAGGCUGCGAUGCAACAGCAAGUGAAAUCAUAA